AUGUCACUUUUUUCUCUCUCUUGCUUAUUGAGUGUUCAUUAUUCUAUCUAUCCAUCUAUAGUUCUCUUUCUUUCUUUCUUUCUUUCUCUCUCUUUCUCUUUCUUUCGCUCUCUGUCUUUCGUACUGAGCUUUCUUCAUUAUCUCUCUCUCUCUCAUUAUCUAUGUAUCUAUUUAUUCCAUUAUUUCUCUCUCCUCAUAUCUAUCUAUCUAUCUAUCUAUCUAUCUAUCUAUCUAUCUAUCUAUCUAUCUAUUUAUGUUUCUUUCUUUCUUUUUUCUUUCUUUUCUUUUCUUUCUUUUAGAAUUUUCUUUCCUAGUCUGUUUCUCAGUUCUACAUUCAUAUCUCAAUCUAUCUAUCUAUCUAUCUAUCUAUCUAUCUUAUCUAUCUAUGUUUCUCUUUCUUUCUUUCUUUCUUUCUUUCUUUCUCCUUAUCUGUUCAUCUAUCUAUCUAUCUAUCUAUCUAUCUAUCUAUCUAUCUAUCUAUCUAUCUAUCUAUCUAUGUUUCUCUUUUCUUUUUUUUCUUUCUUUCUUUUCUUUCUUUCUUUCUUUCUUUUCAGUCUCAUCUUUCUAUCUAUCUAUCUAUCUAUCUAUCUAUCUAUCUAUCUUUCUUUUUGUUUUCUUUCUUUCUUUUCUUUUUUCAAAAAAAUUCAUCUUUCUAUCUAUCUAUCUAUCUAUCUAUCUCUUUCUUUCUUUCUUUCUUUCUUUCUCAGUCUGUUCAUCUAUCUAUCUAUCUAUCUAUGUUUCUCUUUCUUUCUUUCUUUCUUACUUUCUCAGUCUGUUCAUCUAUCUAUCUAUCUAUCUAUCUAUCUAUCUAUCUAUCUAUCUAUCUAUCUAUCUAUGUUUCUCUUUCUUUCUCUCUUUCUUUCUUUCUUUCUUUCUUUCUUUCUUUCUUUCUCAGUCUGUUCAUCUAUCUAUCUAUCUAUCUAUCUAUCUAUCUAUCUAUCUAUCUAUCUUUCUUUUUUUCUUUCUUUCUUUCUUUUCUUUCUUUCUUUCUUACUUUCUCAGUCUGUUCAUCUAUCUAUCUAUCUAUCUAUCUUCUUUCUAUCUAUCUAUCUAUCUAUCUAUCUUCUUUUCUUUCUUUCUUUUCUUUUUUUUUUUCUUUCUUUCUUUCUCUCUUAUUGUUCAUCUAUCUAUCUAUCUAUCUAUGUUUCUCUUUCUUUCUUUCUUUCUUUCUUUCUUUCUCAGUUUGUUCAUCUAUCUAUCUAUCUAUCUAUCUAUUUUUCUCUUUCUUUCUUUCUUUCUUUCUUUCUUUCUUUCUCAGUCUGUUCAUCUAUCUAUCUAUCUAUCUAUCUAUCUAUCUAUCUAUCUAUCUAUCUAUCUAUGUUUCUCUUUCUUUCUUUCUUUCUCAGUCUGUUUAUCUAUCUAUCUAUCUAUCUAUCUAUCUAUCUAUCUAUCUAUCUAUCUAUCUAUCUCACGCUCUUUUCGCCUUUCCAUCUCUGCUUCUUUCUUUCCUUCAUUUACCCUUUUGUAGUUUUCCACUGA